AUGUCUACUAAAUUAUUACCAAAUCGCAAUAACAGGAACUGGAGAAAUCCUCGAAGAAAUACAAAUUUAGGAUCAAGAGGCAAUCCAAGACGGCAAAAUAUUAAUUUUAACAACAAUCAAAAAUGUGGGGAUGACAGAAACAUAAAUAAAAACAAGAAUAUACCUUACUUUCACUUCACUCGCAUGAACCAAUUAAACUUGAUGUCCAAUGAAGAUAUUAUGGGAAUACUGAGUCAGAGGGAAACUGAUUUUCGGGACUUUUUAAGUACCGAAAUGAGGCCGGAUGUUGUUGUACUGACUGUCAGGGUCUUGUUGAAAGUGUGCAAAGCAAAUUUCACAGAGCUCGUGACAAGAAUUCUCAGCAAGGCUUGCUCGACCAACUUUUUGAAAAUAUUAGAACAUUUUCUAAUGAAAUUAACUUUGGAGAGUGAUCGGGACAUGAUAGACAAUCAGUUCUAUCACCAAAAUGAGAACGGGUUUUGGAGUGAACUUCUUGAGUUUUUUAAAAAAGUUAAUGAAUUCAUUCCUCGCACGGCGUGCGACAAAUUGGUCCCUCUACUGCAAAAAAUCGAAAAGAUUAUUCCAAUGAUUGAAUUAAAUCAGAACUACAAGAUUAGCGACGAUAUAAAGACCAAAUUUUCCCGCAUUCUCAAAGAUAUGGAAGAAAACAUUGAGACGAUGAGACAAAAAGACGUAGCGAACAAGCUUGGAGUGACGGAUGUGGAUGUGGGCGAACCACCCGAUGAUUUCAGAAAUUUGAGCGUCAUACCAACGAUGGAGGAUUUGUUCGACGAUAAACCAUUUUUGCGAAAGUGCAUCGUCGGAAAAGCCUACGAUUCGGUUGAGCAUUACCUGGACGUUCAGUUCCGUCUUUUGCGAGAAGACUUUGUCAGCCCCUUGCGCAGUGGUAUACAAGAAUUUUUGGUAGGUGACAAAAAAUACAAAAACUCGGACUUUCGCAUUUACAAGAACGUAAAAUUAAUUGCCUUCGAAAACAAAGAGAACGACGUUGGCGUACAGUUAUUUUUUGGAAACAUAAAAAACGUUGAUUGGCGGCGCUCGAAGCGGCUCAUGUUUGGCUCGUUGUUGCUCCUUAGCAGGAAUAACUUUGAAUCAGUGCUGUUCGCCACUGUCUUGAAUCGCGAAAAUAAGGAUCUGGAGAGAGGAUACGUCACAAUAAUGCCUUGUGCAGAAUCUAUCAUCACUCCGGACAUGUACAACUCCGAGUUUGUCCUGCUGGAGUCAAAAAUAUACUUUGAGCCGUAUUUGGAAGUUUUGACAGCCAUGAAAAAUAUUAAUAGUGACAAUUUUCCGAUGGAGCCCUACUUUGUCAAAGCUCAAAUUGAUACUCAAUUGCCUCGUUACCUCAGAGGGGUAUCCAUGCAAACUUUUAAAAAUAGUAUCCUUUUACCUGUGGACCGUCAAAAUGUGGAAUGGCCAUCUGCUAGUGCAUUAGGUAUGAAUGAGUCUCAACACAGAGCAUUCCGAAGCGCAUUGACGGAGGAGUUUGCGAUAAUCCAAGGGCCUCCUGGAACGGGAAAAACUUUUCUCGCCUUGGAAAUAGUCCGUACAUUGUUGGAGAACAAAGACUACUGGAAAAAGUAUGGGCCAAUCGUGGUUGUUUGCCUGACCAACCACGCCCUGGAUCAAUUUUUGGAAGGAAUCUUGCACCAACGGUGCACCCAAUCCAUUCUUCGUGUUGGAAGCAGAUCAAAAAGUGAAGUCUUGAAACCAUAUACGCUGAUGGAAAGACGCAGGACGGUUGCGAAAAAAAGCGUUUCAAAUGUGUUGCUCUAUAAAACGAAAGGCGAAUUGAGAGAUAUCUUGCAAAAAAUACAAAACCUGCGUUUGCACAUCAAGUACCUAAAAACGCCCAACGUUCUCGUACCCAUCGAAUGUCUUUCCAGUUGUGGCGACGAAGCUCUUUUGAACAAAUUCAAAACCAGUACGCAUUUUCACAGUUGGCUCAUGGAAAUUGAUGUGUCUCAGUUCCUUCCGAAAUCCGCGAACAAACAAUCCGAUAAAGAUUUCGAAUAUGCUUUCGACAUCAAAGAUGAGGAAGACGAGGAAGUGGACGAAAAUAAAUACACUGACGCUGACUUGCUGCACGAUUUUUCAAAUUUAAACGUUGAUUCUUACAAAACUGUGAGCCCUUUGGAUAUUCUAGAUGAGCAACUUCAAGGUAUAAAUAAGUGUUUACAGAAAGUAAGAAGAGAUAAAAAUGUGACGAUUGCACGCGAUGUCCUUCAAAAAUUGGAAGAUGAUCGUUUCACCAUCAUGGAAAGGCGAGCGUCGAUAUGUCAAGAAUUAAAACGGCAUCCAAUAACAAAUCAAUUGGCAUCGCGUUCUCCCAAUCCCCGUUGGGAUCAGUAUUGGAGGUGUGUCAACGCCAGUUACGAGAAAACGUCGGAAAAGUUGUUCCAAUUGGAGGAGGAUCACCGUAAAAAAGAUGCAGAACUACAAGAGAUCAAACAGCUGCUUGACACGGAAGUCAUGAAAGAACACGAGAUAGUCGGACUUACAACGACACUCGCUGCAAGACUGCAGUCGUCCCUGCGAACUCUUCGAGCGCCGAUAGUUUUGGUGGAAGAAGCAGCGGAGAUUCUGGAAGCACACGUGGUCUGUUCGAUAACCAAUGAGUGCCAACACGUUAUUUUGAUCGGCGACCACAAGCAGCUUCGUCCCAAGGCCUCCGUGUACGAACUAGGCAUCAAAUACAACCUGAACGUGUCGUUGUUCGAGCGUAUGGUCAACAUCAGAGGCGAGUGUCUGCAGUUGGCCUACCAGCACCGAAUGCGACCGGAAAUCUCGAAGCUGAUCACCCCGUCGAUAUACACGACGCUGUACAACCACGAAGUGGUUCGGGAUUUUCCGAGUGUCAAGGGCGUGGAGAAGAACGUUUUCUUCCUCAAUCAUUCGUGGCCCGAGGAGAGUCACAAUAACGAGGAAAGCUGGAAAAACGAGCACGAAGUGAAGUUUUUCCUCGCGUUUGCCAAACACUUGCUGUUCCAGGGUUACCAGCCAUCCGAGAUCACCAUCCUUUGCACGUACACUGGACAGUUGUUCACGUUUAUGCGAGAAGUCAAAAAUCACGCUCUUGCGAAACAAAUACGCAUAACAACGGUCGACAAUUACCAAGGGGAGGAGAACAAGAUCAUCCUGUUGUCCUUGGUGCGCAACAACGGAGCGGGAAACGUUGGGUUUUUGAAGGAGGAGAACAGGGUUUGCGUCGCUUUAUCACGUGCCAAGUAUGGUCUCUAUGUCAUGGGCAACAUGAGGGAUCUCGUUGUCAAAAACAACAUUUGGCCGAAAAUAAAGAAAGUUUUGGAAGAAGAUGACGCUAUUGGUGAUUCGUUCAAACUGAGAUGUCAGUUGCACACCGGCGAACGUGUGGAGGUAUGGUAA